AUGCCUAUCUUAUGCCUCCAUGACUGCCACUACGACGCCGUCGGGUCUCUGGACGCUCACACUUUCAAUACGAUUCGAAUCUUCUAUUCCAUUGGACUGGGCUUCGUUGUCCCGCUAAUAAUCAUGGUCCCACACUACGUACUCCUCAUCGUGAGGCUCCGGGAGGUUCAGACAGGAAACCAAGGCGGGAAUGGGAACGCCUUAGGCCGCGUGUCCAGACUCGUCCUGGUCCUGGUCACGGUUUUUGUCGCGUUCAACCUGCCGGGGCACGUGGUGAACAUCCUCACCAGCGUGUUCGACGGUAGCGGGAACUUGAGCACGUCGGCCGAGUGGUUCAUCUACGCCUUACAAGACGUCUCGCCGUGUCUCAAUCCCGUCCUCUGUGCCGUCGUGGCCGAGAACUUCCGUUCCGCGAUCUCCAAGACAAUGUGUACCUGGCCCUGCUGUCUGAAGAAGCUGCCAAGCCGUAAGAGGCGUUGCCGUAAGAACACCGGUGGGCUGCCAGCCAAGAGCGACACCUGCCGUUUCACAUGAAACUACUUUGUGAAUUAUUACCUUCGCCAAGAAGGUUAUGUUUUCAGGGGCGUUCGUGUAUGUGUGUGUGUGUGUCUGUCAACACGAUAACUUGAGAA